AUGGAUUCAACAUCUUCGACAGAAUUGCCAGAAAAUCCAUUCAAAGUACGAACCAAAGGUGCUACGAAGGUCGAAUGGAAGGACGAAACCGUACAGACGUAUAAUCCUCGGUAUCACAGAGCUGAGGAAGAAAAUUUCAGAUUGGAGACUGUUCUUUUGAGAGAAUCGAGAAUUGGUGACAACGUUAUCAUCGAAGCAGGCUAUCACACGUAUCCAUUCAGUUUUCUUCUCCCCCACAACAUACCCAGUAGUUUCGAGUGUUUCGGUGGAAGCGUGAGAUACACGAUAAAAGCAAUAAUGGACAGGCCUUGGAAGUUGAACCACCAGACGAGAUUGGUAUUCACAAUUGAGGCUCCUUUCGAUCUUAACGAAGUUCCAGCAGCGAGGAGCAACAUGUCUGAGGGGGGUGAGGAAUUCUUCUUUGGUUUUCCAUGCCUCGGUCCAGGCUCCAUGAAAUACAAUUUCUACUUACCUGCGAGCGAUUUUGGCGUUGGUGAACCUGUCGAAGCCACUUUCAAAAUCGAUAACAACUCGAGAAUUGUCGACGUUGUUAAAUUGGAGCUUACGUUACAACAAAACGUAAGAGUGCGCGCUAGCACGCAGACGAAAACGCUCCAGAAAGCCAUACGGACUGCUCAACAAUUCGGACCAUUCGGUAGAAAGGUCGAGGCGACGUUGCGCCGGAAAAUUCCAGCUGUGCCUCUCUCGAAUCUCAAGAAUUGUGGUAUCAUCGACAUCCAAUACCGACUUGAUUUUCAUGUCGGAGUUUCUGGCUGCAGAUCAGUUACAAAUUUGCAGCAAAAAGAACACAAGGCACGUGGCUUGGACGAAAUAACUGCAGAUCGGAGAGCAUCGAACGAGUCAAAUGUGCCAAGUGCGCAAAUCAUUUCCAAGACGGUCCUUUCACCAUCACGGAAAAUUCCUUUCCCCGUGCCUGUGACAGACCAUCGGUUUCCAAAUCCAACCUCGAUUCCUCCUUAUCCCAUGCCCAUGAACAACGAACUAUUCGAAAGCGCAAAUCCAUUGGGAGCUACUAAUCAGCCAUAUCCACCGCAAAUGGCCAGCGCCCCUUUCGAUUCUUUCGAUUCUCACUAG